AUGUGGGGUGGCUGCAUUGGCUUCCUUUCUGGGUUCCCAAGGAGCCAAUCACUGGUGAGGGGUCUCCAUCUUAACGCUAUGGACAUGGCCACCGCCUCUUCUGCUCAAGGGGAUGACAAGUUUGCAGCACCAAUCGGGAGUCAGAAGCGUGUUAAAAUUGGUGUUGGGCAUCUGAUUGUUAGUGGCAUGGAUUUUUCUGUUAAGCAUAGUUUUUGUAUCGAGGAUUUUGUUGACAAUGAGAAAGAGACUAGCCUCGAGGGGUCUCCAAGAUCUCCCUAA